AAAUAGCUGGAAGUGUUAAUACAAAAUCAACAUUUUAGGAAAUAUUUCCAAAUUCUAGCGAAAGAUACAAAGUAACAAGGUCAGAUAUCGCAUAAUGAUGAGCCUGGUUUUACUCAGUAUUACCCUAGCCGUUUUGUUGGUGGAUUCCUCUAUGGCUGAACUAACAUGUCACCGUUGGACUGAAGAAGACAACAACGUGAUGGGACCAAGUCGUACACCAGAGGAUGAAAGACAAUAUUGUGAAGGUGUCUUGGGUUAUAUAUUUACACAAGGAAAAAAUGAAGAGUAUCCAGGAUGUGGGGAAUGUUGGUGUUGUAAACCAUUAGAUUUAGUAUGUCACCACUGGACUGAAGAAGACAACAACGCGAUGGGACCAAGUCGUACACCAGAGGAAGAAAGUCAAUACUGCGAAGAUGUUUUAGGUUAUACGUUUACACAAGGAAAGAAUGAAGAGUAUCCAGGAUGUGGGGAAUGCUGGUGUUGUAAACCAAAAGAUUUAGUAUGUCACACCUGGACUGAAGAAGACAACAAAGCUAUGGGACCAAGUCGUACACCAGAUGAUGAAAGAAAAUAUUGUGAAGGUGUCCUAGGUUAUACGUUUACACAAGGGGAUAAUUAUUACUACCCAAAAUGUGAGGAAUGCUGGUGUUGUAAGCCAGAAAGUACACCUUUUUAAAGUGCAAAGAUGGCUACUUCACUCAAAGAGCAAACACAAUUUUCUGGACGAAAUAUAUGAUUGAUUUUAUUUAUCAUGCUCUUUAAUAAAUGAUUAAAAUGUA